GGGGUCGAGGAGCAAAAAUAGCAACCGGUGCGCUGGCCCUUUAACAAAGUUCCAGUGCGUGGCCCUGCACAGUUUAGGAGAGGAGAAGGGUGCAGGACAGAGGAGGGCUGGAAUGGCGAAACGACUUCAUCAUACAGAAAACUCUGACACAGAGGAGUCCCUCGGUUGAUGGAAGUCGUUGUAAACGCCUGUUAGUGUGGACAGUGAAAAAGCUUCCAAGGAGUAAAUAACAGGAUGCUAACUGGUGCUUAGCCAGCCAACUCGGAUCCGAGUUUUUUACCGCUCUGACUCAAAAGCCGCCUGCCUGCCUCCUCCUGCCUCUCCGUCUUUUCAAGGAAUUCUGUGCUCUCUAACCAACCCCAGCCUGCUGAAGCUGAAGAGUGUUUGCAGGAGUGCAGCUCCUGAGUGUGGAAGCACCUGUUGCUGCUGAACUGGACGGCACAUUUGGACACAAGAUGAAGGUUACAGUAACGUUUGGACGGACCGGUGUGGUCGUGCCAUGCAAGGAAGGCUGGACAGUCCGGGACCUUAUUCAGCAAGCCACACAAAGAUAUAGAAAAUUACUUGAACAGGAGGGAGACUUCCUGGUGCGGACCCACCAUGUUGAAUACUGUGAUGGGGGAAUUCUGGAUCCUGAUGAUGUGCUCUCUGACCUGGUGGAAGAUAAGGACAAGCUGAUCGCAGUGUACGAGGAGCAGGAGGCCCAGCAGAGGGGGGCAGUGAGUCCAGGGGGUAGCAGCGCUGGUGCCAGUAAUAUUUACACCAACGGCAGCGGUGGUGGGACAGGGCACCCCAGUCCUGAGCCUUAUGACUCCGAGCUGGCCUGCUUCCAGCCGAUCACAGGAGGCGAAAUCGAAGUCAACUCCUCUGCCCUCAAAUCCAGCACCCCUCUGAUGGUUAGGAGUAGCAGUGACUCUGCAUUGGGACCCCCAGGAGAGAGUGGACAGCAUAACGAGGAACUGACUGACAGGCCAACUGCAGACAUGGACCAACACUUGACUGAUGUGUCCAACAGCAAAGCCCAACACUUCACUGUCAACAGCCUCACAAAAACGGUGGAGAUUUCAGGAGAAGAUGGGCCGCUCGGGAUCCACGUGGUGCCCUACUGCUCUUCUCUGAGUGGAAGGGCUUUAGGUCUGCACAUCAGGGGUGUGGAGGAGAACAGUCGCUCCAAAAAAGAGGGAAUAUUCCAGGACGAUGAGUGCAUUGUCAAAAUAAAUGACACUGAGCUGAUGGACAAGACCUUCUCACAGUCACAGGAAGUGUUCCGGCAGGCCAUGCGUUCACCCAUCGUGCGUUUAGAAGUUCUUCCAGUCACUAACAAAGAGUGCUAUGAAAAGAGCCUUAUCAGUCACCUUUAUAGCUCUGAGAACCAUGAUGGUGCCUUCCGGCCCAAAGAGCCCCUGCCGCUGAAGGUGAAGCCUAUGGUGCGGCCUGUGGAAACGUCAUCCUCAGGCAGGCAGGCUGAGCCCCAGGAGAGCAGCAGCAGUGUGGAGAGCCGCUGUCUGAGCACUCCUCUGCCCCUCAGUUUCUCCCCCACACCCCGCGGCAAGAACAGCGACAGCCCCCUCCUCAAAAAAAGCCAUGCACUCUCGCCUCUAGCCGGCUUUGCGAGCAAGAAGGGUGGAAAGCGGCUGAAAAUCGACUUGAAGAAAGGUCCAGAAGGCCUGGGUUUCACUGUGGUUACCAGAGACUCUUCAGUGCAUGGACCCGGCCCCAUCCUUGUCAAAAACAUCCUCCCUAGAGGGGCUGCUGUCAAAGAUGGCCGCCUGCAGUCUGGUGACAGGAUCUUGGAGGUAAAUGGAGUGGACAUCACAGGCCGGACGCAGGAGGAGCUGGUGGCCAUGCUGCGCAGCACUAAACAGGGGGACAGUGUGUGUCUGGUGGUGGCCAGGCAGGAGGAGUUGUUCUUGCCGCGAGAGCUGAAGGAGGAAGUGGUGCGUACUGUCCUUUCUGAAGAGGGGAAGGAGCAGCUGAUGUUCGAGGUGCCCCUGAAUGAUUCUGGCUCAGCUGGGCUUGGAGUCAGCCUUAAAGGCAACAAAUCCCGCGAGACUGGAGAAGACCUGGGCAUCUUCAUAAAGUCCAUCAUCCAUGGAGGAGCUGCCUAUAAAGAUGGCCGCUUGCGAGUGAAUGACCAGCUGAUUGCAGUGAAUGGAGAACCACUCUUGGGGAAGUCCAACCAUGAGGCCAUGGAGACCUUGCGGAGGUCCAUGUCCAUGGAGGGGAAUCUGAGAGGGAUGAUUCAGCUUGUGGUACUCCGAGGCCUACUGCCAUCAAGCCAGGAGUACCCAGACGCCCGGAAGAUUCUCAAUCGAUCCUUUGAUAGCUGUGUAGGCCAGGCCGGACUGCUCAGCCAAUCAGACAGCCCGCUGCAGCCUGCCAUGGUGAUGAACAGCAUCUACGAGCGAUCCGUGGUUUCAAAUGGGGGUUAUGGUGAAGAUGAAGCUUACAGGCAGGACGGAGGUUUGAAAGGAGUCAUGAACCAUCGUCCCCAUCAGAGUUUGGAGUGGGAAUCGUGCCCUCGCUCUGCAGAAAGCUCUUUCACUGCUGGAGGAUCUCAGGGUUCAAAUGAACAUCACGUCAAAUCUUCCAAGAGCAUGGACCUAGUUGCAGAUGAAAGCAAAGUGGCUGCCCUUGCAGGGCAAAAGUCAGUGUUCUCUGGAGUAGAGCUGGGUCCUACGCUGGGUCUAAAGAAGUCCAGUUCUCUGGAGAGUCUGCAGACAGCCGUGACCGAGGCCCAGAAGAGCGACCUGCUGCCCUUCCACAGACCCCGUCCCCACAUGGUGAGGGGCCGAGGCUGCAAUGAGAGCUUCCGUGCUGCCAUUGAUAAAUCAUAUGACGGCCCGCCCGAUGAUGAUGAUGAUGAGGGCUCUGAGGCAAGCUCAGGACGGGACACCCCAGCCAGCGGCUCCUCGCGCCAAGGCCUCGGGGAGGGCGAUGAGAGCAAGAAGGACAAGAAGAAGAAAGCCAAAGGGAAGAAGAAGGACAAAUUGAAAAGCAAAGGGAAGGACAAGGAAAAGAAGAAAGCAGAGGAGGCCACCGAGGAGCCAGAUAAGAAGACAAAGAAGAAGGGAUUUGGACUGCUGAGGUUUGGAAAAAAGAAGGAGGAGAAGAGUAAAGCAGAGAGUAAGAUGAGCAUGACUAAGCAGACUUCAGAAAUGCUGAGUGAAGAAGAGCUGGAGAGGAUGAAAGAAGAGAGAGAGAGGAUUGAAGCUAAGCACCAGGAGUUGAGAGACCAGCAGGCCCGAGAUCGUUUUGCUGCUCCUGACGUUGAGGAUGAUGAUGCAGACCCCAACUAUGCUCGGAUCAACACCUUCAGAGAACGCCUGAGCCCAAAUCAGCCAAUGUACGCAAACCGCAGCCCAUCACCCCAAAGAUCUGCACCCCUACCUUCUAACAGCCAAGUGGCCUCUGCAGAAGACCCACUCAAUGGCCUCUAUGCCAAGGUUAACAAACCCAGAGGUCCACCACCACAUGGAGCAGACAGCAGUAUGGAUCGCAUCCAGCAGUUGCGUAGAGAGUAUCAGCAGGCUCGGAGAGAGGGAGCUGCUCCAGCGUAUGAAGAGAGAGAGUCUCGACGACGAGGCUCCGAAUACGACCCUCACCGGAUGCCUGUGAGGAGUCCUGACCCCAGACUGGCACCUCGCUACGAAGACGUGGAGCGGCAGUACGCCUCCCUGCCCAGAAGAGGUCCAGUGGAACCUGAAGAGUACCCGGGACAGCCGUGGACUGGACACAGGGAUCCUGCCCACUACCCUGCCCCACAGCCAGCCUACCAUUCCAACUACCCUCGCCCGCUGGACCCUCGACAGGGUGACCCAGGUUUCUACCACCCCCCUCCUCCACAGAGAGGGCCUCUGCGGCAAGACGUACCCCCCUCUCCCCCUGUACCCCUCCGCGCUCCCCGUUAUGACACCAUCAACCGCGGAGGCUUCCGGAACACCAGCCCAGAACGCUUCGCCUACGCAGAAGGACGACCUUCUGACCCCAGACAGAAAAAUGCCAUGACUGCAGCUGUUUAGGCACAACACCACAUGUCUUUGUGCAAAGUGUUGUUCAUUCACCACUGCAACUUGUCAGUCGCCUUUUCAUGGACAGUUUAUGUACUUGACGUCUGUUUUUGCUGGGUCUUGUCCUCGGUAACUUGCAGUGCUGCCCAAGGCCACAUCUCAAAGUACUGACAUCACAUUCCUAACUGCUCAGCCAAGAGAAUGUCAAUAGAGCUGCAGGACUGACCUCUUCUGACCCCUGCUGUCCCUGAAUGAGGGCCAAAAGCUUCUGCAAAACUUGACCACAACAGAGGAGCGCAUGUGUGUAUGCACUUACAUGUGUCAAAAACAAACCAAGUUGAACUGUAGAUUAAUGACGGUCUCUCUCCCAUGGUGCCGUGUGAGCAUGCCUGAGGGAGUUGGACGCUUGUCCAGAUGACAGACAGGAUUUAAACCCCUUCCAGCAAGACUUCCGAUGUAUUUGGCGCAUGCUAAAGAACGCAGCAUGGACUCUACACAGCAGUCACAAAGAGUUCUGGAACGCACACAGUGUAGACAUGUUAUUAUAGCCGUGUUAAAGCACACCAUAUACAGUACUCUCCUUCAGUGCCGUCUUGAGUAUGGAAAGAACCACUAUAGUUUGUGCGUCUUGCAGCCUUUACACUUUAAAUCACCGCAUGUUUCCAUUAAACAACCACUCUGCACACAUUAAUCUGUAACAGUUAGGUAUUCCUACUCAUGUUCUUUCAUAUAUAACCGUUAGCAGAGAGGACAUCUAUGAAUUUUAAAAUUUUCAAGUGAAGGUACGUCACGCUAUAUAAACAGACCUUUUUGGGUUUUUUUGGUUUCCUUGAAGUUGACGAUGAAAGGAGAAAGGAGGAUUCACAAAACAUAAGCCACUGUAGAGGCAUGAGUUGUUUCUCCACAUGCCUCCUUCAGCUGACACUGGCUUUUCUGCCAACUGCUCUUGCUGACCCAACCCUCAUUAUUAUAUCUGUUUUCUACCAUAUUUGUAGUUGGUGCACACUUUGAAUGUACAAAUUGACACUCUCUGCAUUCAGAGACCAGAUAAUAGACAAAUCAGAUUCUGCUUCUUCCAUAGUAAACGUGUAUCAUGUUAAUCUCCAUAACUAGGUAUUAAAAGAUGUCUGUAAUGAAAAAUGUUGCUGGUCUCAUAGCAUCAAACAUUUAUACUAAACAUCACCUUUUUUUAUUAACCACUUUUAUAACAUCUACUUAUUAAAUAUGCAUUGGAAAACAUG